AGAACCAGUUACUUCCGCGUUGCCACUGUGUUCAGUUGUGAUUGGAAGUGGAGUUUAGUGAACUGUCUACAGAGUAAUGGGAAUACAUAUUUAGCGUGUACACAGUCUAGUAAACCUGUAUUUUGUCGUAUAUACUGGGAAGUCAGCACAGGCUACCAGACACGAAGCAAAGCGAGGAGAAAGCGAGCUAGCUGUUUAGCUAGCCACUUGGACUGGUGUUCUGUCAGGGGCUCCAGGGGGUAACUUGAUGGGAAAUGGAUUUCCUCUGUGAAAUAAUUCAAGCCUUAGUCGCACUAGCAGCUUUGGGGCUUAUUGUGUUGCUUGUAAUAGUGCAUUUAACCGCGGGGAUGGUGAACCUGAGACGCCACGAAAAGGAGAAAUAUUUCCUUACUGCCAAAGGAGAGAAGGAGCUCUUCCCCAGCCUACACGAUGCCCAUUCCAGGGAUCUCUCUGUGGUGGUUCCCGCCUACAACGAGGAGCUACGAAUGCCUGUGAUGCUGGAGGAAGCUAUGGAGUAUUUGGAAAACCGACAGAAAAAAAACCCCUCUUUCACCUACGAGGUCAUCGUGGUUGAUGAUGGCAGCAAAGACAAAACCACAGAGGUCGCUCUGCGGUACACUAGGAAGUACAGCGCCGAUAAAGUGCGGGUGUUGACGCUGGUGGAGAACCGAGGGAAGGGAGGAGCUGUGAGGAUGGGAACUUUUAGCUCGAGGGGAAAAGUCAUCCUGAUGGCUGAUGCUGAUGGAGCCACAAAGUUUGCUGAUAUUGAGAAAGUGGAGGCUGGACUCCAUAGCCUCAACUCUGGACCGGAGAACAUGGCAAUUGCCUGUGGUUCCAGAGCUCAUCUAGAGAAAGAGUCUGUAGCUGAGCGGUCGGUGUUUCGUACAUUUCUAAUGUACGGCUUCCACUUCCUGGUCUGGUUCUUUUGUGUGAGAGGGAUCAAGGACACGCAGUGUGGCUUCAAGCUUUUCACACGCGAGGCUGCACUCAAGACCUUCUCCUCUCUCCACGUAGAGCGAUGGGCGUUUGAUGUGGAGCUGCUGUAUAUCGCCCAGUGUUUUAAAAUCCCCAUAGCAGAGGUGGCAGUCAACUGGACUGAAAUAGAAGGUUCUAAACUGGUCCCGUUUUGGAGCUGGCUGCAGAUGGGACGAGACUUGAUUUCCAUUCGCCUGCGCUACCUCACUGGAGCCUGGAAACUGCAGUCUCCACAUAAGACUGAUUAGCCAAUCAGACAAGCCCUUGUGUCCUAGAGACAGCCUGUGAUAGGGCGGUCUAGCCUUCGGAUGAGGUGGGAUUACAGCUGUUGUGGGCUCCUCACGGUCCUGCCUUUAAAUGUGGAUGUUGGCUCGUUCUGGCCACCGUUACGUACAUUUCUGUAGCUACAGCUCACAGAGUGUAUGUGUGACCGAUCCAUGCACUCAGUUACUCAAUGCUUAUGUUGUGCCCAUUCUACGUGAGGACGACUUGUUGUGAAAUAUGAAAGGUCUGAUAAUCUGUGCGUCAAGAUUCUCACUGAGAAUCGAAUGUCUUUGUAUGAAACUUUGUAAAUGGGAAAGGCUACUGGUUGACUUGAACCAAAAUAAAAUGAAAGAAAAAGUCGGUGAUUUCUGAUUUUACAAUCAAUAUUAAACUAUUAACUAAU